AUGCCUCGACAGUAUGUGCUCUUUGGACGCCUGCUUCCUCGCUUCGCGGCUCGACGCCUCACCCUCUUGCUGCUUGGCCUGUCCGUGGUUGCCCUCGCCCUGAUAUUCACGCUGCCCUCGGGCAUCCCGUCUCCUCCCCGUCUUGCCGUGCCCAACAACCCCAAGGUAGUGUCCCACGCAGCGCAUCUGCCCCACGUGGGCGGCUCGCUCUCCAAGAGCUUUCUCAACCCCUUUCGGCAAAAGUCUCACACUCCUCCGCACAACGACAAGGACGAACACGCCGGCUCAUCCUGGCUGGCCGACUGGAAGUGGCUUAGAGUUCCCUUCUCCAGCACCGUCACGUUGGACGAGGACAGGGCCCUGCUUCCGCCGCUGAAACCCCGCCAGGUGAUAUAUUGCUACUACGACGCGACGGCCAAGAAGUCCGGGGAAGAAAAGGAUGCCGAAAGCGGCUUGCUCUUGACGUGGAGGAGGGCUUGGUGGGCCCAAGGAUUCAAGCCCGUCAUCCUCAGCGCUGCUGAAGCCAUGAACAACCCGUCCUACGACAUUGUCCAGAGGCUGAAACUCGAUGCUGAUUUCAAGACGGACCUGAUGCGUUGGCUUGCCUGGGAAUCCAUGGAUGGCGGCAUUCUCGCUCAUUACACUUUGCUCCCCACUGUUCCAACGGAAGCCCCCUUCCUGACCUAUCUUCGCCGCGGCGAAUAUGCCCAUCUUACUCGUUGGAACGAUCUGGGCGAUUUUCUCUUCGCCGGUCAGAAGGAUCAGGUCAAAACGGCAAUCAAGGCCGUCAUCAACAUGGACCCAGCCAAGCUCAAGGAGGCCAAGGACAUCAUAUCCGCGGUGCCUAGCGAGGUGUUCAAAGUGGACAAGGCUGUCAUGCCAUUGGCACCGUACACGCCAGCCAUUAUAUCCAAGAAGUAUCCGGCGGUUGCCCAAGAUCUCGGCAAGAACCGAGCCACCGGCCUCCAGAGCUUGAACAGGCUGAUAACUACGCACCUGCACGUGGCUUGGCAGAACCGGUUCUCCGAUGGCAUCCAAGUUCUGAAGCCGCAUCCCGACCACAUGGGGGCGCUGGUGACGAGCGCAUUGCGACUGGCCAGGGAGCUGGCGUCUUGCGCCGACAGCCCCAUGCCAGGAUCCUGCCCUCCCAACUUGCCCAAAUGCACGCCCUGCGUCGCAAUGCCUCCCCUGUCCGUCUCCGCGCCGACCAGCUUCCGCAACUCGAGCAAAACAUUCACCAUCGGCACUGUGCCUCACCCCUGGACGCUGGCGUCACUCAAGGAGAUGCGGCAGUCCUUUAACGUAUCCUGGAUCCGGCAGGAGUCUCCGCGAGACUGGUGGACCACGACCGUGACGCGAGACCUGCUCGGCACGGGAGUGUCCAGCACGACAAGAGUCAUGGUAUUGAAGGAACUAGUUGCUGGAGAACACGCCGCGGCGCGUUCCCUAUGGAUCGCCGCCGAGACGGACAUGCCUUCCGACAUGAGCUGGUAUUUUGGGUUCGCUAUCCCCGAGACCGGCCUGCGCGAUGGCCAUGCAACGGCCCCGGUGCCCGCAGACCGUCUCCCCGACAAGCAGAACAAACAGCUUCAUCGAGAAAACCCCCCCGUCGCAUCGCCAGAGGAGCGGGCCACCCAGCAACCUCUCAUCGACGAAGCAAAGAGGGUGAUUGCGCUGACAGAGCCAACGGAGGAGGCGAAGCUGCGCGCGUCCCUGGAAGCCUGGAACAUGGCCGAUAUGGAGAUUUGGAAGUUUGUGCGCACCUUUCAGUCGAGGCGGCACCAGGAACGCCACGAGUGGGACAAGACAGAGGCUAAAUACAGCGGCGGUUCCGGCACAGAACAGGGCAGAAGUGCCUGGAACCGAUGGCAGGACCGGAAACCCAGCAGUGUUUCCUCGGCGGAAAAAAAGCACCACGGCGGCAAGGGGUAG